CCCUGUUUCUAUAGGGCUCGCCCAUGGCAAUGGUGAGAAUUGCUCCAUUUUGCUCGAGGAGCGGCAGCUCCGCCUGGAUUUCGCGCUGGGAAUCGCCAGCGCCGCGGCGCAGCAGCAGCAUUCGGUUCGCCAUCCGAGCAAUGGCGGCAUCGGCAUCGCACGAAUUCGACUACGACUUGAUCACUAUUGGCGCUGGAAGUGGCGGCGUGCGAGCGUCGCGAUUCGCUGCCAAUUUCGGUGCGCGAGUGGCCGUCGUCGAGCUUCCAUUCGCUACAAUCUCGUCGGACGAGGCAGGCGGCGUCGGUGGCACCUGUGUUCUCCGAGGCUGCGUUCCCAAAAAGCUGCUGGUUUAUGGAUCCAGCUUCGCCCAUGAGUUCGAUGAGAGCAAAGGAUUUGGAUGGUCGUAUGAUUCGCCACCAAGGCACGACUGGAAGACACUGAUGAAGAACAAGAACACGGAGCUCCAGCGCCUUAUCGGAGUCUACAAAUCGAUCUUAAGCUCGGCCGGUGUCACGCUCUUGGAAGGCCGUGGAAAGAUUCUCGACGCUCAUACUGUUCAAGUCAGCGGCAAAGAGAAGUACACUGCAAAAUACAUACUAGUGGCAGUGGGUGGACGUUCCACGGUUCCCGACAUUCCUGGCAAGGAUUUCGUCAUCACAUCGGACCACGCGCUGGAUUUGCCUGCAAGGCCAGAAAAGAUAUGCAUUGUUGGUGCUGGCUACAUUGCACUGGAAUUCGCGAGCAUUUUUAACGGGUUCGGCAGCGAAGUCCAUGUCUUUCUACGUGGUCCUAAGGUUCUCCGUGGAUUUGAUGACGAGAUCCGGGAUUUCGUGGCCGAUCAGAUGGCAGCGAAAGGAGUGAAGUUCCACUUUGAGGAGUCACCGGAAGCUGUAGAAAAGUGUCCGGACGGUUCGCUCCUUCUGAGAACCAACAAAAGUACGGAGAAGACAAAAUGUGUGAUGUUUGCAACGGGGCGUGCUCCCAAUACGAAGAACCUGGGACUCGAAGACAUCGGGGUCCGUCUCGGAAAGAAUGGAGCCAUCAUGGUAGACGAGUACUCAAAGUCAAAUGUGGACUCGAUUUGGGCCGUGGGGGAUGUAACCAACAGAACGAACUUGACGCCUGUGGCUCUGAUGGAGGGCAUGGCAUUUUCCAAGACGGUGUUUGGUGAUCGUCCUACAAAGCCUGACUACAACAACAUUCCGUCCGCAGUCUUCACACAGCCUCCUAUUGGGACAGUUGGUCUUACGGAAGAACAGGCUAUCAAGGAAUUGAGAAAUAUCGAUGUGUACACAUCCUCGUUUCGUCCGAUGAAGGCAACGCUCUCCGGUCUUAGCGACCGAACCUUUAUCAAAAUGAUCGUGGAUUGCGCUACCGGCAAAGUUGUAGGAGUGCAUAUGUGUGGAGAGGAUGCCGGGGAGAUUUUGCAGGGGGUUGGAAUCGCGGUGAAAGCAGGCUUGACAAAGGAUCACUUCGACGCUACCGUUGGAAUCCAUCCGACUUCUGCCGAAGAAAUUGUUACAAUGAGAUCACCAACAAGGAAGAUCCGUGAGGAUGCCGAGGUGAAAGACAGAGACCAGACGACAGCUAGUGGAUAGAUUGCUCUACACUUCUCGGGUAAAUGUAGAGCAAUCCUUUCCACCUCGGUGGUUUUCUUUUUUUCUUUUUUGCUUUUACGAAGAGAUUUUUGCGAUAAAUGCUUCCAUGUCUGGAAACAGCUGCUUUGUUUGUCGACGAGACAAGAGACACCGCAUGACGUUUUGUUUUUGUCAGAGCUUGCACAAGCGAACGAGCGCUUUUUAUUGACAAUCCUGGAUCGGAUCGAUUGUCGUGUGGAUCGAUCAAAAGUUCCUUGUAAGAUAAAACUCAAGUUUUUUUCUUUUCACUCGUGAGUUCCUCGAUUAAGGAGGAUGCCAUGGAUGAGAAAUUGAGGGCAAUAAACAUCUCGCGUUCGCAGUGGCCUUUGUUUUCAUUCCCGACUGGUUCGUUUCCAGAGUUUGUCCGUGUGUCUGGUAUAAGAACUCUCUUCAUCUACACACACGGUACGUAAGCUUUCUAACUCCACUUGUCUUUCAUUCCUCGCGCAGGGAUCUUUGGAAAGCUCCCGCAGCGGUGAUCGAUGGUGUCAAACGUGUUUGCAAUCGCCCAAAAAAUUUAAUCCAGGCAAAUAACGUAUCGACGCAAACACACACUGGCGUCAAUCGACACGAUCGCGCGAAAAUGAUCCAAAGCUCUUGGUAUGCU